AUGGCUAAUGAAUUAGGAAACACUGCACUGAAGCAAAAACAAAGAAAUAGGGUACCGUUAUCAUGUCUCAUUUGCAAAAGACGGAAAGUCAAGUGUGAUAAAGCCAAACCAGCCUGUGGCGGAUGCGUCAAGAAUGGUGUUCCUCACUUAUGUGAGUACGUAGAACCUGUUUGGUCUAAUAAUAAUGGUGCAACAAAGCCAAGUGCUAAUAAUGGUAAGUCUAAAAGCCAUAUCGGAGAACCUGAGAAUUCUAAGAAACAACAGAUUCAGAAAGACAAGUUGAUUAAUGAACAACGAAAAGAGAUCGAGGAGUUGAAGAGACAACUUACAGAUUCACAACAUCAAUACGCUAAAGCUCAAACUAACGGUGACCUGGAGUUAAAAGUAACGAUUUUAGAGAAAUUGAACGUUAGCUCGAAAUCCACAAUCGAUAUAAAUAAUGACAAGUCUUACAGUGUGAAACGCCAGUCACGGAAACAUAAACAAGCGUAUGUUGAUAUUUAUGCAUGGAUCAGUAUAAUUAAAUUAGAUCCUCAUUUGACUACAUUAUGGUAUAAAAUUACCAACUUGCAAAAAGUUUACCACCUAUACAAGAUGAACUUAAUAAAUUCUAAGGCGAAAAAUGAACUGGAUAUUAGUCCAAGUGUAUUGAAUCCAGUAUCCAAGAAAAAAUCAUAUAAGAUUAAUGAAAUCGACUUUACACAUUCUCUUGUAUCAGGCGCAAAAUCGUCUAACAAUUAUCUGAAAUGCCCUGUGGUUGAAUGUGAUUUUAAUUUUAUGUUUGAGCCUUCGCCAACUCCAGUAUCUACUACAACACCGGCAUCUACUACGAAAAGUGAUGAGACCGAGAGCCCGGAUAAAGCUUGCCCUUUUCAUAAAGAUUUCGAACAUAUAGCAUCCAUUGAUAGACAUAGCGAACUCUCGGCUGAUAGUAUGAGUUUCUUGAAAAAGAUACAAAACAUUUGGAAUUCUAUUUUAGGUUUAUUAAGAGGUAAUGAGACGAUGAAUUACGUUCAAAUCAAUUUUUUAAUAGAUUUCUAUUUUCAUGAGAGGAAAUGUACCACUGAAUCCAGGAAUUUACUUUCUUUCUAUAAAACAGAAAUACAAGCUAUAAUCGGACAAGAUGGUGGCAUAUUUUCAUUGAAUUUUGCCGAUGAUCAGUCCCGAAGUGACGAAGACCGUUACUUUAAUCUUAUUUUGAAAGGGUUAUACUUGUGCAUGCUCUCUUUAAUUAUUGAAGAGUCUUUAGAGAUAAUAAGACUGGAAGCAGUUAUAGGUGAUAUUAAUAGUAUCAGUCCUGAAUUCAGAUCCUUGUUUCCUUCAGAAGUACUAUACUUGGGUCUUGGAUACAAGGCUAAUAACAUAUUGCUUAUAGUUCAGGAAUACUUGUUGCACAUAUCCAAUGAUAAGAUAUUUAAUGAGAAAAUUUCAGAAUCUUUGAUUUAUAUUUUAUGUUGCACGGCAUUCCUCAAUCGGGAAGUUGCCAAUUAUAAAAAACAGGGUGCAUCGUCUGAUUCAAAAUCCAGGUUCCAAACAAUAUUCACACAGCUAUUAAGUAAUAUUUUCAGUAAAAGAGGUUAUUUAGAAGUUUGGAAGAACCCACAAGAUAUCAGCUUAACUCAUAAUGAGUCUGAACAAAGAUUGAGAGAACUUAGGCUAGGUAUGUGCUAUUUAUGGUCCGAUCUAAUACGGUUAAUGAAUUUGGCAACGUUUAAUAUAACAGAUUUAAUCAGUCACCCAGAAAAACUUCUUGAUUUGAUAUUUAAGUUUUAUGAUAAAAUAGAAGAAUGUGACAAGUACAAUAAUCAUAUCAUAUUUAUUGGUGAUCAUGGAACGGUUGAAGAUAAAGAAUUAGUAACCACCCUUAGCGUCAAUUAUCUUAUCUCUAGAAUUUAUUAUAAUUUGAGAUACGGUAUUAUCAAUGUUGAUAAAGUAAAACUAACUACAAAUAAGCUCCUUAAAAUGAUUGAAAAAUGUAGGGAUUGGAAAUUGGAUAACAACUUGCAUAAUAGCACAGCAAUAAGAAAUUUAGAAACAAGAUGCAUUUUUCAUUAUUUAAGUUUACAUUUAUCUUACCUUAUAAUUCUACAAAAUGAAGAAGAAUCGCACGACACCAGCCUUAAUAAGCUAUAUUGUGAUUUUUUUAUAGAAUUUUGUGAAUUUAUGUUAUUUGUUGAAGUUGUUAUGAAAAAUGAACCCCGUAAUUCAGGUUCUCAACAUAUACUACUUCUAAUAACUGAACUGUUAACACGAGCAAUACAUUUCAUUAUUGGGUUAUUGUUAAGACUUGGUAGUACUGAUGAGCUGAGUAGCACACCAGUAUUAAUUAAUAAAUUGAUAUCUAUAAUCGAUAAUAGACUAGCGGUUGGAGAAAUAAAAACUGAAGACCAAGAGGAGGUAUAUCAAGCAUUGCAUAAAAGAAUUGUUAAUUAUAUUAAUCAAACAAUCUCAUUUUUGAUUGAGAGCUAUCUUACAGAUAAAGAAAAGGCCAUAAAACUAUCAAAAUUUUGGCAUUUCUAUUUAACAUUCAUCAAAAAUUCACACAAGAUGAGUUCUAUUGAUUAUGCUACAGUUCAUGCGAAUAUUCCGAUGUUUAAGGGUAUGAAUUCACAGAAUAUGGUCCUGUGUCCAGUAAUACCGGGAAAGACCGGCGGAGCCCAGAAGUGCCCUGUCAGGCAUGAAAUUUCUACAAUGGAUGAUAAGUCAGGGUAUUCAAAAUGCCCUAUUUCUCAAAUAACCACUCCAAUGGAUGAAGAUGUUAAUUCAAAUCCUUCAAACCCUGGUAAAUGCCCUAUUGAUCAUAAAGCCUUUAUGGAACCACCACUGUCUAAGAAAAGAAAAUUUCCACUAGACUACGCCUCUCCCCAGCUCAUGGGAAUCGUACCGAAUGGAUACAAUACAGUGGAGAGUAAUAUUAGAUCGAGUACCCAAAAACUCAAGUGUCCAGUGCGCGGGUCACCAAAAGAAAGUUAUCUGCCUGCAACGAACUCGAACAAUUCUAAUAUCCAUGGUUUCGAUCCAAUUACCACGAAUAACGGCAUAAUUGAUAAUAUUCCAAACUCUAUGAAUACUGUCGAUGAUGUGAUGGUACCGGGGAUGCUUAAAUCGGAAGAUUCCAACUUGGAAAUUCCUAAUUUUGGUGUUAAUUGGCAAGAAUUUAAUGAUUUUGAUUUUGAAUUUUUGCAGAAUGAACUAAUGUUCAAACAAGUUCAGGAUAUUCAGGAUAAUGGUUUUGAUAAUCCAUCUAUUGAAGAUCUAUUUAGAUAG